AUGGCAUUAAAUCCGGUUAAAGUUGAAAACGUGCACGGCAAUUUACACGAAUUUGACCCAAACGUUCAUCAAUGGGACCUUUUUGUGCGUAAAAUGAAACAAUAUUAUUCUGCCAAUAAUAUCGAUAAGGCCGAUAAACAACGUGCUUUAUUUUUAAAUGCGUUAAGUGAUAACGCGUUUUCUUUAAUGUUGGAUCUUUGCAUGCCGGAUAAACCGGAAGAAAAAGAUUUCGAUAGUUUAGUGGAGUUAUUCAAUAACCAUUUUAAUCCAAAACGUGCAAUAUUCGCGGAAAAGGAACAAUUUUACGGGGCGCGUAAGGAAAAACAUGAAUUGUGUAGUGAUUGGGCAGCGCGUGUUCGUAGAUUAGCAACGUAUUGUAACUUCGGUAAUUCUUUAAACAUGAUUUUACGUGAUAAAUUUAUUAUCGGUUAUAAUGACGGGAAAAUUAAAGACAAAUUGUUUCUAAGCGAGGAAAGUGUUACGUUUCAAGAAGCGGAGAAACAGGCGAAGACGUACGAAACACUAGAAGCCACUAGAUCACAUCAAAUAGCCAAUGAUCAAGCGGAUUUUUUCUACCGACGUGUCAAUAACCAAAACCCCGGAGCAGCAUCAACUUCUCGAAAAAGUGAGACGGCCGUAAAACCAGAGCCUUUGGACGUACAUCUGGUAGGGAAAGGUAAACGUUUCAACAACCAGCAAGGUAAGAAGUCUAAAUUUAGUAAUUGGGACAAAGACGUAAACACUAAGUGUAGAGUAUGUGGGAAAAAUUCACAUGCAUCUACAGCGUGUAAUUACAAAAACUAUCAUUGCCACAAAUGUGGUAGAAAAGGACACUUACAGAGUGUUUGCGCCAACAAAAACAUUCAACCACGGAAAACCGCAAACUCUCAUUUUGUGGACGUAGACGAUGACCUGGACACAUUGUACAGUUUAGACAUUAACAAUCAAUUUUUGUUACCCAUUCGCACUAUUAAAGACACAGAGAGUGGCGAACCAAUUUUAGUUGAUGCGUGUUUAAAUAAUGUGUAUUUGCAAUUUGAACUGGAUACGGGUUCCGCGGUUACAGUGGUGAAAUUAUUACCUACUCCACUAGGUGUCGCGUCAAUGACAAUCACAUGCUCAAACAAUAGGCAUCCAAUAAAUAUUUUUGUAAUUAAGUAUGGUGGACCACCAAUUUUGGGACGUGAUUGGUUUUGUAAAAAUCAGCAAAAUUUUAAAGUAAUUAAUAAUGUGAACCUGUUUGGCGGCGACGUGGAGAAACUAAUUUAUAAAUACCCUCAAGUAUUUAAUAAUAAAUUACGCACUUUUACGGAAGCAGUGGUCGAUUUAAAACUUAAAAUAGGGACUGAACCCAAAUUUUUUAAACCCCGUCCACUUCCCUUCUCGUUAAAAGAAAAGGUGGAACGCGAAAUUAAUAGGCUAGUGUCUGAAAACGUCCUAUCUCCAAUAGUCAUGAGCGAAUGGGGAACACCUAUCGUCCCGGUAUUGAAGAGAGAUGGAUCUGUCCGAAUAUGUGGUGAUUAUAAAAUCACACUAAAUCCAUAUUUGAAAAAUGUGAGCUACCCUCUACCCAGAAUCGAGGACUUAUUUUCCAAAUUAGCGGGUGGUAAAUAUUUUACCAAAAUUGAUUUAAGUUCGGCUUAUCAACAAAUUUUAUUAAGCGAACAGGCCAAAUCGUUAUCAACCAUAAGUACACACUUGGGUUUAUUUGCGUAUAACCGAAUGCCGUAUGGAAUUAAAACAGCUCCAUCCAUUUUUCAAUUAAUAAUGGAGAAAGUUUUAAUUGGGUUGGAAGGCGUUACGUGUUUCCUUGACGAUAUCUUAAUCGCGGGAAGAAAUAAGGAAGAACAUCUUCUUAGAAUAGAUUUGGUGCUUAAUAAAUUAGAGAAGUAUGGAUUAACAGUGCGAAGAGAAAAAUGCAAUUUUUUUCAAAAAUCUGUUAAUUACUUAGGGUUUGUAAUAGAUGAAGAAGGGCUCAGACCUUCUACUGAAAAGGUAGAUGCAUUACUAAAAGCUAUACCUCCUAGAAAUAAAUCGGAAUUAAAGUCAGUAUUAGGAAUGUUUAAUUAUUAUCGUGCUUUUAUUCCAAAUUUUGCCAGUAUGUGUGAACCACUUUAUAGGUUGUUAAAAGACGAAAGUUCUUGGAUUUGGAAUAAAACCUGCGAUCAAGCAUUUGAGACUUUGAAGAAAACGAUAUCUUCUAAACAUGUAUUAGCACACUACGACUCUGCAGUUCCUGUAAAGUUGACAGUGGACGCUUCUUCAACCGCAGUGGGUGCAAUUUUGACACACCGUUACGAAAAUGGAAAAGAAAGGCCAAUAGCUUUUGCGUCUAAAAUUUUGACAACCACUCAGAGGGCUUAUUCUCAAAUAGAUAAAGAAGCUUAUAGCAUAAUUUUUGGUGUAUCAAAAUUUACGCAGUACCUGUAUGGUCGUCAUUUUGUAUUAGUCACCGAUCAUAAACCUCUUUUGUCGAUUUUUGGGCCAAAGAAAGGUAUUCCGAUAAUGGCAGCAAACCGUUUACAACGAUAUGCUGUAUUUUUGUCAGCGUUUGAUUACACCAUUGAAUACGUUAAAUCGGAUAAAAAUGUAGCAGAUUGUUUAUCUAGAUUGAUUGAAGACAAUCAAACCGAGAUGAAAAAUUACUUGGACGACGACGACGAAAACUUUACCUACUUAAAUUUAAUAGAAAAACAAGAUAUUUUUCGGCUUGAUAAGAAAGUUAUUCAAGAGGAAACUAGGAACGACGAAAUAUUGCGAAAGGUAUUCGAAUUUGCGUCACAAGGUUGGCCAAGUGACUGCAAAGAAGAGGAACUGAAACCUUAUUAUAUUAGGCGAGACCAAAUUACAAUAGAAGAUAACCUAUUGAUGUGGGGACAUCGGUUAAUCAUACCAUCACGUUGCAGGAAAGAAGUUUUAAAAGAGAUACAUUCGACACACAUGGGAAUAGUUAAGAGUAAAUCAUUAACUAGAUCAUUUGUAUGGUGGCCUUCGUGCGAUAAAAACGUCGAAGAAUUUUGCAAAAAUUGUUUAGCUUGCUCUAAACACAGAAACAGUCCGCCGAAAGCUGAAGUGAUUGAGUGGCCAAAAACUGAACAGCCGUGGGAAAGGGUGCAUAUUGAUUUUUUUGGUCCACUGCAUAAUAAAAUGUUCAUGAUUGUGGUAGAUUCCCAUUCGAAGUGGAUAGAAGUUGUUUAUAUGAAGAACAUUACUUCGGAAAAUACAGUAGAUAAGCUACGAGAAAUAUUUAGUCGGUGGGGAUUGCCAAAGAUCGUAGUAACUGAUAACGGACGUUCAUUCGUGUCGGAAUGUUUCAAGCAUUUUCUAUAUAUGAAUGGAAUUCAGCAUAUUACACCACCACCAUAUCAUCCUGCCACAAAUGGGUUAGCAGAGGUUUCGGUACGUACUGUAAAAACUCAUAUAUUAAGGGCCAUGGAAGAAAGGAAUUCCACAGAUCUUUUUGCGGCAUUAAACCGUUUCCUAUUGCACUACAGGAACAGCAUUCACAGUAGUACGGGUGUUACUCCAGCUGAACUCUUGAUAGGAAGAAAGCUACGCAUGCGAUUGGAUCUCAUUUUACCGGAAGAGCAGCUGAAGCGACAGCAUUUGCGUAAAGAGGAACGAGGGAGAGAUCCGAAGAGACUAACAAGAAACAGUGCGGAAGUGAAACGUAAUAAAGUGAGUGCGAGAGGCAAUUUUAAAAAAGGUGAUCGUGUUUUUGUGCGCGAUUAUGGACGUGCUAAACCGAGUUGGGUACCUGCAGAAAUUGUAGAACAAAACGGACCUCGAAACUAUAAGACAUUAACUAACGAAAACUUUAUCUGGAGAAGACAUUCGGAUCAAAUAAUCAAAGGACCUUCUUACGAUGAUGACGAUUUAUUAGAUUAUUAUUCACGUCCUUUGACUGUUGAUUCAAAUGCAACUAUUGUUAAUAAUGUUGACGAUGAUGUAGUAGAGGAAUCUGCAGUUGGAAAGGCUAGUUCUCCGGAACCAAUUAGGGAAGCUGAAACAAUUGCAGAUGAUUUUGUAGUAACUAACUCUAGAAGUAUGUUGCGCCCAACCAGAAACAGAAAACCUCCUGACUGGUUCGCAAUAAAAUAA